AUGCGCGGUAGCGCCAAACGCUCCCUCGAGGAGAUCGCCAUCAUGUCCGACUCGGACGAUGAAGACUGGAGUGCACCUUCCGAUCGUCCUGCCCGGCGCACCGCGCGCAAGUCCAAAUCGAGCCCUCAGAAGAAGUCACGGCCGGCCAAGAAGCGCCGACGCCGUGACUCUGAUAUCGUGUCAGAUAAUGCCAGUAUGAGUGAUGAUGAUCUUUCCAUCCUGGAAGAGUCCGAGUCUGAGGAGGAAGAUCUGGAUGAUCCCAAUAUUCCCCGAAAUGCACGAGGAACUGCGCGCCGACGAACCACCCAAAGUCGUCCACUAUAUGAAGAACCAUCCGACGAAGAUGAAUCGCCUGGAGAUGAUGAGGCCGAGGACGAGGAAUCAGAGGCUGCCGCCCCAGUCCCGCCAAAGCGCACUAUCGUCACACUCAAACUUCCACCUGAAAUUCUCGCAGAGCCACAGUUUAACGGCAGACGGAUCACUCGCCGUACUCGAGGUGCUUCGGAGGAUAUCUACGCCUUGACUAAUUCAGGCCGCCACGUGGAGACUGUUGAACGCGCCACUCUCAGCCCAGAGACGCAAAAUGGACGCAGCGGCUCCCGUCACCCCAGCCGAGCAUCCAAGCAGCCUGUGAUCGCCGAGGAGAGCAUUGAAACGAGCGCCGAGGUCCAAGGCUCUCUAGAGAUCCUGGAGAGCGAUGUGCCUCAGAGUGGUGCCGAGGGCGAUACCACAAUAGCCAACGACGCGGACCAGGCUGAUGUCGACAUGACUCAUGAUUCGGGUGUUAUCCCAGAAUCAGAGAAUGGAGAAGCCAAAAUUGAAGCGGAUGAGGAUGAGGAUGAAGACGAAGGUCCCAUCAUCCGCCGACGGAGCAGACCAACCCGCAACGACCACGAGGCGGAGGAACAACAGGAGGCUGAGCCUUCUGAUGGACUUCGCCGAUCCGGUCGAAAGAAGCCAUCACGAAACUCACAGCAGAAAGGCGAAGAGAGUGAUUUCGAGCCCGAAGGCGAAGAGGAAGAAGACGAUGAUGAUUCAGACUCCGUCCAGUCCAGUGGCUCGCCCCGCAAGGGUAGCAGAGCCCGUGAUGAUGAAGACAGCGUCGCUAGCCGUCGCCCUGGCCUGCGUAAGCGCCCUGAUCGAUCCCGCGGCACAUCCUACGUUGCCGAAGAACUCGCCGAUGAGCUGGAAGACUUGAAGGAUGGUAAGAAGAGCCGGCGUCACGCCGUGGAACAUAUUGUCUACGAGAAGCCCAAGCGCAACCGCAAGGAUGUCGACUAUCGCAUCAUCCGCCCGGAUCUGCUAUUGAACCUGGAUGAAAACGAUCAUGAUGCAGUGGCCGAGUCUCCAUCACGCCGUGGACGCGGUGGUGGGGGCGGCUGGCAGCGCAAUCUUCUCCCCACGUUCGGACCCUUUGGCGGUGCCGGUCAAUCAUCAAUCCUUGGACCUCCCGGUGCCGCUGCUACGACUGGAGGUGUCGAUAGCGACAGCAGUGAUGACGAGGGACAGGCAAAGAAUACUGGCCUUACCCCUGGCGGUAUCCUUGCCCCCCAGGGUCAUGCUGGCGAUGCUCAAGGUCUCUCAGGCACUCCCGCCAACUUCGGCAAAGUAAAGGACAAACAGUCUUUGGCCGACGCGGACCCGCUUGGUGUUGAUAUGAGCGUCAAUUUUGACAGCGUGGGAGGCUUGCAGGGACACAUCGAUCAGCUGAAGGAGAUGGUUUCUCUUCCCCUCCUGUAUCCGGAGAUCUUUCAACGGUUCCAUAUUACGCCACCUCGAGGCGUGUUGUUCCAUGGACCCCCCGGUACCGGAAAGACGCUCUUGGCUCGCGCCCUGGCAAACAGUGUCAGCUCGGAGGGACGCAAGGUAACGUUCUACAUGAGAAAGGGCGCAGAUGCGUUGAGCAAAUGGGUUGGUGAGGCCGAGCGGCAACUACGACUUCUGUUCGAGGAGGCUCGCAAGACACAGCCUAGCAUCAUCUUCUUCGAUGAGAUUGAUGGACUGGCUCCCGUACGAUCUAGCAAACAGGAACAGAUCCAUGCCUCAAUCGUCUCUACUCUUCUGGCAUUAAUGGAUGGCAUGGACGGUCGUGGUCAAGUCAUUGUCAUUGGUGCUACCAACCGGCCGGACUCCGUUGAUCCUGCUCUUCGCCGCCCUGGUCGCUUUGACCGCGAGUUCUACUUCCCGCUUCCUAACCUCGAGGGCCGACGUGCCAUCCUCGACAUUCACACCAAGGGCUGGGAUCCCGCUCUCCCGCAAGAUAUCAAAGACGAACUGGCCAAGAUCACCAAAGGCUACGGAGGUGCCGAUCUCCGAGCUCUUUGCACCGAAGCCGCUCUCAAUGCCGUGCAGAGAAAAUACCCUCAGAUUUACAAGUCUGAUAAGAAGCUCAUAAUCGAUCCAAAGACCAUCGAUGUGAUUCCCAAGGACUUCAUGCUGGCUGUCAAGAAGAUGGUUCCUUCCUCGGAACGGUCUACUGCAUCGGGGGCAUCUUCAUUGCCCAAGAAUGUGGAGCCUCUCCUUCGUCAGUCUUUGAUACAGAUUGAAAUUUCGCUCUCAGAGGUCCUUCCCCAGCGAAAGAGACUCACUGCCCUCGAGGAGGCUCAGUUCGAAGAGCCCGAAGACGGGAACGGAUUCAAGCGAGAACAAAUGAUGCAGGAAUUCGAUCGGUCGCGGGUCUUCCGGCCCCGUCUGCUCCUAAGAGGUUCACAGGGAAUGGGUCAGCAGUACCUUGCAGCCGCACUACUUCAUCAUUUCGAGGGAUUGCAUGUUCAGGCAUUCGAUCUUCCUACGUUACUCAGCGACUCUACUCGGUCUCCUGAAGCCACGGUCAUUCAGCUCUUCUCGGAAGUCAAGCGAAAUAAACCCAGUGUGAUUUACAUCCCCAACGUCCAAACGUGGGCAGAGACAGUUGGCCCCGCUGUCAUCUCUACAUUCCUCGGUCUCCUACAAUCAGUACCAGCUUCUGACCCAGUCUUGUUGCUCGGAGUGCUUGAGUCGACAGGCGAGGAGAUGGAUGGCGUCCUGCUGAAGAGAAUGUUCGGAUUCUCCAAGAAGAACCUGUUUGACAUUCAUGCCCCGGACCACACUGCCCGCCAUGAGUUCUUUGCCAAACUCAUCGAAUACGUCAAAACUCCUCCCGCCGAGUUCCCUGACCCCGAAAAUCGCAAGAAGCGUCAACUCGAAGAGCUGGAGGUCGCUCCACCCCCUCCCCCGCAAGCCGAGGCGCAGAUGACCAAGGAGCAACUUAAGGCUCAGAAGAAGAAAGACCGACACAUUCUGAAUUGUCUGAAGAUUCGGAUCCAGCCGAUUAUGGAGCAGCUGAGGAAAUACAAGCGGUUCCGGACCGGCGUGGUUGACGAAAACCAGAUUAGAUACUUGUGGGAGGAAGAGGACCCCAACAUAGUGACCAGUGAUUUACCACCUGACGAACAAGGGUUCCACCGUCCAUAUGAAAAGGCUUUCGACAAACACGGCGUGGUCGGUCUUCGCGAGACUGCCACAGGCCGGUUCUUCUACAACUUGGAUAUUGUCAUUAUCGAGAAGCGCCUCUCGAAUGGCUACUACAAGCGCCCUUCCGAUUUCUUGGCCGAUGUUAAGCGCAUCGCCAAGGAUGCACGCCAAUUAGACGACGCCGAGAAAGCCAUGCGAGCGAAUGAGAUGCUGGCGAACGUUGAAGUCGACAUUGCCAACAUUGAUCUCACUGACCCGCUUCUUGUUGCGGACGCGAGCUUGCUCGCGAAAAAGGCGGCUGCCGAGCGUGCUCGCGCGGAACAGAGUCAGGUGUCUCGGCCCGGUACUGGAAAUGUGCCCCACGGCAACACCGAGUCGGGCCCCUCCACUGGCCCUGUCCAUCUUGGUGUUUCUUCUCCCGAGAGCAAGUCAGCCGAACGUCCGGUCACUCCUGCGCGAGAGUCGCAUGUGAACUUCACCAAUGGAGAUCACAAUGGGUACCACAAUUCUGGCGGGUCGGAUCUCAAUGAGAAUGGCCCUCAUGGUCAGAGCAACGGCUCCCACGGCGAUGGUGAUGGUGAUGGUGAUGGUGAUGGUGAUGUUUUCAUGACCAACUCCGAGGAUCACUCUGGCAGCAAGGACACACUGAACAGCUCGUUUGGACCUUCUGCGCAACCUAAGCCUGCUUAUUCGCACACUGCUCCAUCUCAGCAGGUCCGCCGCGAGUCUGGUCUGUCGAGCUUCUCGCAGAAGGGUCCGAUGACCCCAAUGGCUCCGGGAUCUCAGCCCGGUGAUUACACCAACGAGGCUUCUACGACUCAGACAACUUCGGACAAGAAAUCAUCAGAGCAAUUAUCCAACCAUCACCACCAGACCCAGAGUCCUCAUGUCUCACGGCAUGAAUAUCCGGACCUUACCCAAUACCCCGACCGUAUUUCGCAGGAAGAGCACCUGCCGGACACCCAGCAGGGAGGCAGCAGCCAGCCCUCUCCCCGGCACCAGGCAGACGAUAACGCUACUGUUUAUGACAGCCAGUCACAGUCCAAGCCUCAGCCUCCUCUCUUCGGCGAAUCUUCCAAGCCGGUCACGAACUCCUCCGCCAACCUGCAACAGCUGCUCAAUGAAGAGCCAGUACCCCAGCUGGACCUCGACCUCGAGUACGUCGAGCACCUGCACAACCAACUCACCCAGCAGACAAGCGGGUGCUCGGUCGAGCAGUUGGAGCAAGUUGCCACCUGCCUGAUGGAUUACAUCUGGCGCAAGCGCGGCGAGUGGAACCGCACCGCUGUGGCCAAGGGCCUCACGGAGGCAUUCAACGCCGUUUUGGACGACAUGCAGUCCAUGCAGGAUAUCGGGCCCAUCAGCCAUCACACCAAGCAGCAGAUGGGCAAUCCCAGCUACCCGCUGUGA